CCCGCCCCGCCCCGCCGGGCCGGCGGGCGGCCAGUCGUUCAGUCGUUCGGGCGGGAAGCGGCGGCGGCGCGGGAUGUCGCGGGGCCGGGAGCGCGUGGUGGCCCUGGUGGACAUGGACUGCUUCUUCAUGCAGGUGGAGCAGCGGCUGGACCCGCAGCUGCGCGGCCGGCCCUGCGCCGUGGUGCAGUACACCCAGUGGCAGGGCGGCGGGAUCAUCGCGGUGAGCUACGAGGCCCGCGCCUUCGGCGUGACCCGCGGGAUGUGGGCGACGGAGGCGCGGGCGCUGUGCCCCGACCUGGCGCUGGCGCGGGUGCCGCAGGCGCGGGGCAAGGCCGACCUCACCCGGUACCGCGAGGCCAGCGUGGAGGUGAUGCAGGUGCUGUCGCGGUUCGCCGCCAUCGAGCGCGCCAGCAUCGACGAGGCGUACCUGGACCUCACCGGCAGCGUGCGGGAGCGCCUGCGGGCGCUGGCGGGGCGUCCGCUGCCCGCCGCGCUGCUGCCCACCACCUUCGUGCAGGGGCUGCCCGACGAGCCCGGCGCCCGGCCCGGCGGGAAGGAGGAGCUGCGGCAAUGUGGCUUAGAGGAGUGGCUGGCGUUGCUGUCGUUCGAUAACCCCGAUUGUCCUGAUCUGCAGCUGACGAUGGGUGCUGUAAUUGUGGAAGAAAUGAGGGUGGCUGUAGAAGCAGCCACUGGAUUCAGGUGUUCAGCUGGGAUUUCACACAACAAGACGCUGGCCAAGCUGGCCUGUGGCUUAAACAAGCCCAACAGGCAGACGCUGGUGCCUUCACGCUUUGUCCCACAGCUCUUCAGCCAACUGCCCGUCAGCAGUGUCCGUAACCUGGGAGGCAAGCUUGGCACUGCCAUCACAGACAUCCUGGGAGUAGAGUACAUUGGGCAGCUGACACAGUUCAGUGAGACAGAGCUCAAGACUCACUUUGGAGACAAAACUGGGUCCUGGCUCUAUGACUUGUGCAGAGGAAUUGAAGAUGAACCUGUCAAAAACCGGUACCUGCCCCAGUCCAUUGGCUGCAGCAAGAACUUCCCUGGCAGGACAGCCCUGGCCACACAGAAGGAGGUGCAACACUGGCUUCUGCAGCUGGCCUUGGAACUGGAAUCCAGACUGAUCAAGGACAGGAGCCAGAACCAGCGAGUGGCCAAGCAGCUGAUGGUGGUCAUCCGCAUGCAGGGGGACACCCGAGUGUCGCGCUUCUGUGCUCUGUCCCGCUAUGAUGCCCAGAAGAUGUGCAACGAUGCCUUUGCCCUCAUCCAAAACUGCAACGCAGCUGGGGCUCACCAGGCAGCCUGGUCACCACCACUCAUAUCAGUGCUUCUCUCGGCAAACAAGUUCUCAGAGCCUGCCACACUCCUCUCUGCCGGCAUUGCCACCUUCCUGACAAGUGAUACCCAGCCUGAUGGCUCUGCCACCACCAGCACCUCCUUGAGCAGGCCCAGGGUCAAGUUCUUCAGGAGCCCCAGCAAAGAGCUUAGGCAGAAGCCAGCUAAUGCUAUUGAGUCAUUCUUCCAAAAGGCGACAGACAGACAGCAGUCACCAUCAGCGGCAGCAACCAGCCUGCCCACUGCUAGCAUGGCAGAGUCACCUGUGCCCAGCUCCCUGAAGCACCGAGAGAGGGAUGGUGUUGGCCUCGUGUCUCUGCAGCGUGACCUGGAGUCCCCUGUGAAGCUGAGUCCCAGAGAGGGGAGCCCUACUUCUCCUGACAGGAGGUUUCCCUGUGAAAAGCCACAGUCUGAUGCUACACAAAUGCCCUCGCCACCACCCAGCUGCAGGACCCUUCUGAAAUUAGAGGCGGCUCUGGAGGGAAAGGAGCACAAUUUGCCACCCUCUCCUGAGCUCGCCCCGCUCCCUCCUGCCUCGCCGGAGGACCAGCAGCGCUGUGAGAAGUGCGGCCAGCUCGUGCUGGUGUGGGAGUUCCCAGAGCAUAUGGACUACCACUUUGCUCUGGAGCUGCAAAGCUCCUUCCUGGAGCCCAGCGCUCCCACGGCUCCAGCAGCAGCUCCCGGCCCAAAGACUGCGGCUUCCAGCUCUCCUGGCAAGGCAAAGAACAAGGCCAAGGCUCCAGCAGGAUCUAGUGCAAAACGACCCAGAGAAGGUGUGACAAGAACUUUAGAUUUUUUCUUUAAGCGUUUACCUCCUUAACUCCCAGUGGGGCUGGGAGAUUUUAGCUAAUCACUGUUUUUAAAGAAUCCGUGUUUUUAACUACAGCUUUUAUACAGCUGGCCAGCUUUGAAUGCAGGAAAGUCUAAUAAAUUAUAUCUACCCCACAUCUAAA